AUGAUCACAGCUGUGUCUGUCGUAAUAAUAACAAUAUUAACAAUACUCUUGUUGGUAAAUUCUCGUAACAAGAAGUGCCUUCCCGGGUUAUGGAAUUUGCCAGUUAUAGGUUAUUUACACAAACUGGACCCAGUGGCACCUUAUUUGACUUUAACAAAGCUUGUCCAAAAAUAUGGACCUGUUUAUGGCAUCAAACUCGGCUCGAUUAACGUUGCAGUCAUAGCUGAUGCCAAAAUAUUGAAGAAGGUGUUAGCAAAAGACGAAACGCUUGAAAGGCCGCCUCUCUACAUGAUAAACACAGCAUUCAAACAUAAAGGAGUGGCUUUUGCGCCUGUUCAUCUAUGGAGAGAACAACACAAAUUCCUGGCAAUUUUUUUAAGAACAGUCGGAGCCGCUAAAGUUUCACCGAAUAAGAAAGCGUGUGAGGAGUUAGUAAAAAAUCACGCCGAAAAAUUUGUACAAACUGUGAAAAAUAAAGUUUUGUGCGUCCCAGUAGAUCCUUUAGAAUUGCUCACCAAUUACGUAAGCGAUAUCGCUGGAAUUUUGUUUUUGGGUAAACCAUUUUCGUUAAAUAACAAGAUGAUUGCUGAUUUACAACAUUGUUUUAACAUGAUAGCUAAAUCAGUGGGAUUUAGGAUUUAUACUUAG